GGGAUGACGAACGUUCAGCAGCAGCACACGGACCUGGAGUGCGCCGUGGAGAUGCUGGUGAAGAACUUCGAGAAGUACGCGGGUGGCGGGGGCUGCUGCUGCCGGAAGCAGCCGCGCCGCAUCAGCAAGAAGGACUUCCGCAAGAUGCUCACCCGUGAGCUCAACCACAUGCUGACGGACACCGGGAACAAGCGCGCGGCUGACAAGCUGAUCUGUGACCUAGACGAGAACAAGGAUGGGCGCAUCAGCUUCGAGGAGUACUGGACCCUGAUUGGGGGCAUUGCCAGCCCCAUUGCCGGCCUCAUCCGUCAGCAGGUGCCCUUCUACCCCCUGGACAGCACCGUGGACCCCUCUUGUGCAGCUGGGGAACCUGAGGCACGGUGCAGGGAAGCGACUGCCUUCAGGGAGCUGGCAGUUGAGUACCUGCAGCUGCCCUGA